GUAUGGGGCGUGUGGGCGUAGUUCGGUAUCGCUUCUCGGCCUUUUGGCUAAGAUCAAGUGUAGUAUCUGUUCUUAUCAGUUUAAUAUCUGAUACGUCCUCUAUCCGAGGACAAUAUAUUAAAUGGAUUUUUGGAAGUAGGAGUUGGAAUAGGAGCUUGCUCCGUCCACUCCACGCAUCGACCUGGUAUUGCAGUACCUCCAGGAACGGUGCACCCCCUCUGGGGAGUAAAGUUGGUUUUAAAGUCAGAGCAUGGUGAUUGUAGGGCAGUCCAGCUUUUUAAAUAUGUCUGUGUUUUCUUCUUCUUAACUUUCGUUAGUUUGUAUCCUGAUUGGGUUGUGUACACGAUAACUGAGUUCUCGUUUGCGCCAGAGCUGGAGAGAUGGCUUAGUGGUUAAGAGUACCGACUGCUUUUCCAAAGGCCCUGUGUUCAGGUCCCAGCAACCACAUAAAUAAAUAAAUCUUAGGAAAAAAAAAAAGAAAAAAGAGUGUAGCACUGGAGCUAAUGUGGGGUGGAAACAUUUUAAAUAUGUGCUUUGUGGGAAGUUUUAAGGAAAUCGUUAAGCUCCGCCCUUUACUUGUGAGGGUUUAAAUUUCGCGGUAGUAGCUUGCGCAGGCGCACUGGCUUUACCAUGGCGGAGUUGAUCUCUUUCGUAGUUCCCACCCAGAGCGACAAAGUUUUGUUGGUGUGGGAUCUGAGCACUGGGCCCCCAGCCGAAGCCUUAAGUCAUUCUCUGUUCACAGUGUUCUCUCAGUUUGGCCUUCUGUAUUCAGUCCGAGUCUUCCCGAACGCUGCAGUGGCUCGUCCUGGUUUCUACGCCAUCAUCAAGUUUUACUCCUCGCGGGACGCACAGAGAGCCCAGAAGGCUUGCGAUGGGAAACCCCUUUUUCAGACAUCACCAGUGAAGGUUCGUCUUGGAACCAGACACAAGGCACUGCAGCAUCAGGCCUUUGCUCUAAACAGCUCACGAUGCCAGGAACUGGCCAAUUACUACUUUGGCUUCAGUGGAUGGUCGAAAAGGAUCAUCAAGCUGCAGGAGCUCUCCGGACUGGAGGAUGCAGCUCUCGCUGUGCCCAUGCAGAAGGGGAGCCCCCAGUUCCUCUGCGCUGUAGAGGUGGUGCUGCCCCCCUACGGAUGCAGGAGCCCUGGGGUUGGCAUCUCUGAGGAGCCUCUGCGCCAGCUGGAGGAAGCACUGGUGUGGCCGGCAAGGGGCAGAGCCAGCUAGCUCUGCUUUCCUGCCCUUGGUGCUGGCUCAUCCUCACCCAUGCCAUUAGGCUCAGCUAUACUGUGCUGCCCGCUCUCCUGAUUGCUGCAGCAGGUAGGGCUGGGUCGACUCUUCCACCAUCAUGACCCCAGGGCCAGCUCUCCCUCUUGCAUUAGGUAGCAAGGGGUGAGGGUGGGAGAGGGCAUCUCUUCCUUACCCACACAGCUACAUAACAGACAGGUUGGGGGGCCAGCUCUCUCAUGCUCACAUCCUUGGGGCAGCUCCCCCACACCCCAUCACCAGGGUCAGCUCUACCAUGCUGCCCAGGUGAGAUGCAGGGUCUUAUAGUUACUUAUUUUUUAUUUUGUGUGUAUGAUAUACUUGUGUGUAGUAUUUGUGAGUGUGUGUGUGCACAUAGUACAUGGGCCUGUGUGUGUUAGCCCAGAAGCCAGAAGAAGGGAUUGGGUGUCUUCCUCUAUUUCUGUUUAUUCUUUUGAGGCAGGGUCUCUCCCUGAACCUGGAGCUUGCCUCAUUUUGGCCAGCUAGAAGAUAACAGUCCCACUGUCUGAGCCGGACUCACUGCUGGGGCUGUGGACAUGCACACAGUAAUGCCCAAGCUGUUACCCAAACAGCCUGGUCUACAAAGUGAGUUCCAGGACAGCCAGGGCUAUAACAGAGAAA